CUGUCGUCUGUUCGUCACUCGACAUACCACCCAUGUCACCGAGGGAUAGGACAGCAGAGUUUCACUCGACGCUCUCGUCUAUCCGUUCACGCACAGCCUUGCCAGCGGUCGGGAAAGGCAAAGACGAGGCGAAAGAGAGGCUCUUAAGUCGGCCGGAUAAAGGGAAAGGCAAGGAUGCAAAGCCAAGUGAAUUCGGUCGGAUGGCAGGAGCCAUCGCGAAGGACAUCAAUGCGACGACGUUGAAACUGCAAAAGCUUGCUCAGUUGGCCAAGCGCAAAACGUUGUUUGACGAUAGGCCGAUUGAGAUCUCUGAAUUAACCUACAUCAUCCGUCAAGAUAUCGCUUCACUCAACACCCAGAUCGCCUCUUUACAGUCUUAUGUCCGGUCUCAGAAACAAGGAGCCACAAAAGGCGCAGGUGGACAGGUCGACGAACAUAACAGCAACGUCGUCAUGUUGCUCCAGAGUCGAUUGGCCAAUAUGGGCAUGGGGUUCAAGGAUGUGUUGGAGCUCAGAACGCAAAACAUGAAGGCGAGCAAGGAUAGGACAGAACAGUUUAUGCACACUGCUUCCAAUGCUACGUUGCCUCAGCCGAGCAACUCCCUCUUGUUCAACCAGACGCAAGGUGGUCCUGGGUCUGGAUUCUCAGACCGCAAGGGGAAAGCGAGGGCUGUACCGAGUGAGAAUGAGAAGGAUUUCCUGGCUCUGGAUCUGGAUGGUGACAGAGGCGAGAGUGGCAUGGUCAAAGGGGAGGGGUAUCAGCAGAUGCAACUGGUUGAGCAGCAGGACAACUAUAUUCAGUCACGGUCUACUGCUAUCGAGUCGAUCGAAUCGACGAUUGCAGAACUCGGUCAAAUCUUCUCUCAACUCGCCGGUAUGGUGGCUGAACAGAGAGAAACGGUGCAGCGCAUAGAUGCCGAUACGACGGAUAUCGCUGCAAACGUAUCUGGCGCCCAGAGGGAACUUCUCAAGUACUACGCCUCUAUUUCAUCGAAUAGAUGGUUGAUGCUCAAGAUAUUUGGCGUUUUGAUUAUUUUCUUCCUCGUCUUCAUCCUAGUGUCAUAA